AAGACCCGUAAAAUGUAGGAAAAAAAUCGUCUGUUUUUGAGUUUUGGAGGCAUUUUCAAAUGAGUGGUGUUUCUCCGUGUUUCUCUUAUUAUUCAACGAAUUGCAUAUCAUUAACAUGAAAAAAUGGAUAGCUUAUCAGAUGUGAUUGCCUGCUGUCGUGGAUUGUUGUUUGAAAAAAUAACAGAAAGGAAGAAAAGUUCAGAGAAAUUUCGUCAGUUACUGUGUAAGAGUACUGUUAUCAAAGCAUUGGAUAGACAUACAGACAGUAAGAAUUGUGGAAGUUCUGAUGAACAGCUAACUUGGGAUUAUGUAUUUAAAUCUGUUGGGAAGUAUGUUCUGAUUGAGACACAACAUCUACAGAAAAGUAAAGAUCAGGUAUCAGCUGCCACCUUAACCAGGAAGGAAAAAGCUAAAAAGGAAGUCAGUGAUCUGGUGAAGUUUGUCAUCAGACAAGCUGAUAAACGUGGACCUAGAUUAAAAUGUUCAUCAUUGUUGAACCACAUAGAUGAAAUCUUACAAGAUGAAUACAUGUGUCAGGCAUAUGGCUUAGAUUACAGUAAUGUUCUGCUCAAAAAUGUUCUUAGUGUUAGAAAAUAUUGGACAGAAAUAUCAUCACCAACUUGGCAUAACCUAAUUGGUAUAUAUGUAAAGAUGUAUACGAGUCAGGAGUAUGGUAUAGAUAAAAUGUUAUUGUCCAGAGUUAUCUCCACCUUAAUCUCAGGUGCAACAGUUCAGUGUGAUUUAAGACCAAAGAGAUUGUUGAACUUUUUUACUGAAGUUUUCAAAAAUAUCAGACAAGAGAAGACAUUGGUUGUGACAGAGAAUUUGAUUUGUGCUUUAAACGUAUUUAUCAAACACAUAGCUACUAACUCCAGAACACAAAUAUGUAAACUUGGUGAAACAGUCUUUGUAAACAUGUUGUAUCUUUGGGAUAACCGACCUACGCCUUUAUUGAAGAAUGAAUUGAUAGAGUUUUUAAGUAUACAGAUACAUGCCCAUCAUCCUGGUGGGAGUAAGAGAGAUUCAGUGGGAGCCUUUGCUGUAGAUUGGGAUGUGUGGAUGAGUCAUCUGAGAAAAUUAUAUGAAGUCAUGUAUGGAGAUUUUCAGCAGUUGGGUGGAAGAAAAAGAUUUUCAACCGGAUCUAGAGAAGCAUCACUGCCACCAAAUUAUGUGGACUUAGCAGCUGAAGUUUGUAACCAGUUAUUCCAGUCAAGUGAACAUGCUAUUGAAGUGACACAGAUCAGUGAAACAGACAUUGAAGACAGACCUGGCGCUAAAAAACGUAGACUAGAGUCUGGAUGGACAUCCAUUAGGGACAUUAUAACCUCACUGGGACAAACAGUACAGCUAACACCAUGGUUACAACUGAUUACAAGAGUUAUGGAGAAGUUUCCAGGAAGUUUGGCUGAAGAUGAGACCUAUCCUUAUCUUAACUGUAUAUCAUCACUUAUAUCAGAAUGUAAAAAGGUUGAAAUAUCCAAAUAUCUACUGUCAUGUGCAGAUGCCUUUACUAUCAACUGGAAGAAGAUAAGAUUAGGACAAAGAACUGAAGAGCUUUGUGGUCCAGUAUGGAGGAAAGUGUGGAUGUCAACAUUGAGAUGUGUAAGCUUGCACCAUGCCACACCUGAAGGAUAUAAACUUCUUAAAGCUAUGGUAUUGGAAGACAUUAUUCGUCCUGAUAGAGACAUGUGGAGUCUUUUCUUACCGAACAUCAGUCCACCUACCCAGGAGGCUGUCGAAUUCCUGUUGUGUAUUCUACAAAAAUUCAGUUUACCAGAGCAGUUCCAGCCAAGUGUUUUAACCUCUGCUAAUUAUAACGAGCUGCAAUACCCUUUAAGGUCACAGCUAAUAGACUGGAUACUACCUAGUGGUGAAGGAUUUUCUGGAAGCUCAUUGGCUAAUAAUUCAGAUAUAAAUCCAGAAAGUGUAGCCAAUGUUUUAGUCUUACUUAUGAUUCAGAAUCAAUCAGUUUUAAAUAGAAGUGAACAUUGUGAAAUAUCCCCAUCGAUUACAGAUUUAGAAAUGACAUAUUUGCAAUCUUCACAUGACUUUCCAGUGUCAAAUAAAUUUUUGUCCUCAAAAGAUUCCAUGAAAAUUUGUAAUGAUGUUCUACACUUGUCAGUUGUUAUGUCAAAAAUUGAGAAAAUGCUAAAAGACGAAGUUUCAGUCUUUCUUGAAAUUAGUGAUGUACAAUUGCAGCAUAUAGAAAAGGUUGUGUCAAAUGUGUGUCUUCUGUCAAAACUGAUAUAUUGGUUGUUGAGUUAUGGUGUUGUUAAUAGUGAGUCUCUGUUGACAAUGGAUAUUGUAAGUUUGUUGAAAGUUUUGUACAAAAAACUUGGCCUGUUUCUUAGUGAGAUAUUGCAGAAGGAAGGAUGCCUACCUUUACAGGAUAUUUUGACGAAGAUACAAAGUUUAUAUAGCAGUGAAAUCUAUGAUGGAACAAGUAGUAUUCAGGCAGCAAGACUGAUACGGUGCUUGUUGCCUUCAAAAAUUGUAGAUCAGUUACUUGGAAUAGCUUCUAAUAAGUUAAGUAAACAACCACGGGCCAGUCAUUCCAAAUCCGAUAUUGGUCAUAUUAAGUUAAAGAGUAGAAACAGACCUUCCUCGUCAAGGAGUAUUAUAGAGGAUGAUGACAUGGAUCUAGAGUUUGAUCAGCCAUUAGCCAAGGACCAAGGGGAAGAGGAAGAUUUAGAUGACGACUUUGGAGAUUCCCAGGACGCAGAAGAAUCUAAUGUAGAUGCUUUCCAGUCACCAUUGAGUUCCUCCAGCUUGACAGAAGGACAGACUUUAAGACUGACUGCUAUAAAAGUGUUAUGUGGAUGGUGUGCUUAUGACAAACCAGAGAUGAAGGAGAUUUUACCACUGGAGACUAAUGCUGACCCAGUGUACAUUAGAACUAAGAUGGAGGAGUUAAUAGACGAGGAGGAACUUGACAGCAAUAAGGCAUUUGAUCUACAAAUGCUUCAAGUGAUUAUAUCUGGUCUGACUACAAGUAAUCAUCAAGUUGGUGAUCUUGAUCUGGAGAAUAUGGUUGAUGCUAUCAGGAGAGUUGCCAAGCAACAGAGAAAAGAUCAUAAUAUCAGCUGUAUGUGCUUGGAACUUCUUAGUAGUGUUGUUUGUUACCUAGGUAACGAUGAAAUGCCGUCUAAAACUGUCAAGGAAUGUAGAGAAAUCACUGUUCACCUAUUGUCAGCUUUCUGGAAUCUACAAGACACAUUUUCGUCCAAAGUACGACUGACUACAGCUAAAUGUAUGAUGGCAUUUAUUGAGGCAGACCCAAAGCAACAAUGGGCUCUGCUGUCCACAAAGGAAGACGAGUCAGCUAUCAGUACUGAGUUUAUACAGACCAUGUGUGACUUGAGUCAUGAUGUCAGAAUGUAUGCUUCACAAGCUGUCAGUAGGUUGUAUGUUACUGGUUGUGAAGAACCCAUUCCUAUAAAUAGACAUCAACAGAACCAGCUGUUUGAUCAAAUCUAUGUCAUCAUUAAUGAAACCAUUGAUAUAAAGAGUAAACAGGGUAGUUUGACUGCUGAGAGAGCUCAGGAUGAGAAGAACAACCGUACAGCUAGUGCUCUGACCACUGUAGGGAAUAUCAUGUGUUCUAGUGUUGUCUGUGAGAACAAAACUAUCUUUGCCUUAUGUCAGCUGGUCAGAGAAUGUGAUAUUGACAUCAAACAGGUUCACAAUGUUUUAAAGAAAGUAUCCAGUCUACUUGGGUAUAAAGAUGGCCACCAUUACAUGUCCUACCAUCUACCAUAUGUUCUUAACCAGUGGUUAGGGUUAAAUUAUCCCGUAGCUGAGUUCCCAUACCAGUUGGCAUUCUGUUCAAGUCUACAGAACUUCUACAGAGAUUUUUAUCUGGUUAUUAUCCCACAGUUAAUAAUGAAAAAGAAUAUAUUAGAUGCAAAGGAAGUGGUUACUGAAAUAAAAGGUUCAUGGGAUAUCAUCCUUAGACAGUGUAUUCCCCAUACAGUGAUAUACAUGUUACCAUUGUUUGCCGUAGCCGACACUGGGAAUGCACCAAGUGAUGAAACUUUAAAGAAAAGGACAGCUCAUGCCACAGCUUGUUACGAUUUACUAACAAGGGAGGCCACCAAGGAGGUUGUAGAGAAGACCAUUGUAUCCUGUUUAGAUGAAAUUGUGGUUAACAUUCUAAAAUGUUUAUAUGACCCAGAGGAAGAUUUUGUCAAAACUGGUAGUAUAAGAAAUAUUGAUCCCGAGCCUAACCCACCAUGUUACAACCCAUACAUGAUCAGAUGUACUCUGGACUAUGUUACCAACAGUUUCUCUGGAAAUGCUAGGACAUUAGUUGAUGUGCUGUCAAAAAAUCAGGAUUCUAUUCAGAAGAUACUUUUGGAUAUUUCUGUGAAGCUUAACACAGAACACAGACUUCAUGAGAAGAGAAGGUUAUUUCUCAUGUACCAGCUGUUUGUUAAAUUACUUCUGAGGGAGUUCAGUCAACAGCUAGGAGGAAGUUGGGCUUAUGUUCUAAGGGAGACAAUCCAUAGAUUGGUUUACACUGCUAAUGAUGUUAUCAAGAUUUAUCAGAAUGGUAUCAGUGAUUGUGGAUACAGUAAGAACAUCAUCUUUAUGUCAUUACAGCUUUUGAAGGAGAUCUGUACUGUAGGACUGGAAACUUGUCCUGAGGAACUUAGUAAAUACCUGCCUUUCAUUGUUGGUAACAUUGUAAAGAUGGCCACAUCAGAUGCAGAAGAUAUAGCAAAUGAGGCUAACCUACUGUUACAGUUACUGAUCAUAGACAACUUUACAUCACUACGUCACGCUAUAGUCUCAUUAGACCCAUUCCCUAGUGAGGAGAAGUUUCAUCAGCUGUCCACAUUACACAGGAGACUGAAAUACGCUGAUGGACCAUUUACUUUAAUUAAGGAAAUAAAUCAUUUUAUGAGCUCUGCCAGUUCUGUUUGUAAUGUCAGAAAAGAAGGAUUAGAGCAUCUGUCUCAGCAGCUUCAUCAGAACAGAAAACAGCUUUGUCAAUUUACAUCACAUGAUACAGAGAAGGAGAGUAUUUGUCAGUUGAUAUGUAAAUUAGUACAAGUGUACCAAGGAGCAAAAGGGGAAGUAACUGUGGAGAUAUCUAAAUGUUUAGGAGAGAUUGGACCUGUAGACUUAGAACAGAAUGGCUUACCUAGGGUGGAGGACACAGUAGAUCAAGUUGUCAGUUUAUUUACGGGAAACCAGCAAAAUUAUUGUAAAAUAUUCCACAUGUUAAACCAGUACCUUGUAGAUAAUGAUAUGUCUGUAGUAGAGGCAGCGUCCAAUGUGUUGAAGACAUUACUGAGUACUAAGACAGGGAUAGAGUUUGCUAAUCUAUACAGAGAGAGAUUAGGGGAUAAAGACUUCCUGUUCCAAUAUCUACAUCCCUUCAGACCGAGGAAAAAGAUUCAAGCAGGCAAAGAAGAAUCUGUUAGCGUAGAGGAAUUUCAGCGGAUGGUUGAUAUGGAAACCAUGUGGACACCCCCUGAUUGUUCCCAUGACAACUGGAUACACAAUCUCACCUGUACAUUAAUUAAUGCUGGGGUACAAGAUGAAAUACUUAGUAGAUUGCAGCCAAUUUGUAUGAUCAAGACGAGGUUUAGUGAGAUUGUUCUACCAUUAGUGAUCCAUGAUUUAUUAGUACAAGACCAGCCUAUACACAGAGAAGUACUGUCUAGUCAUAUCAGAAGAUUCUUCUCAUCUCACUGUGAACAAGAUAGUAGUAACCCAAGGUCACAUUCAGCCUUGUCAAUGUCAUCAAGAGAUGUUAGUGAAGUCUGCAGAAACAAAGAUUCGCUAAGAAGUAUGCUGAAUGUAGUACAGUAUUUAAGGCAGCAAGACAGACCAAAACAAGGAAGACAAGAAAUGACAGCUUGGGAUAAUAAUUUCUGGUUAGAUUUAGACUUCCUACACAUAUCUAAAGCAGCUAUGUACUGCUCUGCUCACUUCUCAGCCAUUCUAUUUGCUGAAAUUUGGUGUGAUAUUCAAAGACAAAAGCAAGAUUACAGUGGAGAUUCUCAGAAAGGUACAGGGUUCUCCCAGAGUUUUAGUCAGACCACAAUGAUUGAUUCUCUAGGGUCCUCCACCUCAUCAUCAUCUACAAUCAAUGUUCAGGACCUACUCCUACAAACUUACCAAGAGAUAGGGGACCCUGAUGGAUUAUAUGGGUGUGGAGCUGGUAGACUGGCUGAUACGUCUUCAAGGGUGAAGUCCUAUGAACAUGAGAACCGAUGGGAGAAGGCAGUGAUUACAUAUGACAUUGAGAUGUGUCAGCCCUCUUCAGUCCCCCAGUAUGAACUGUUACAAGCUCUACAGAACUUUGGUUCUAACCACUUACUAGAGAGGUACCUCCAUACCAUGUCCAGUACUGGUCAGUCAGAGAUACCCAAUCAUAUCAAAGAUCUCCAGUUCAAAGCUGCCUGGAAGACCGGACAAUGGAAUAUAGAGACAACUUCUAGGUUAGAAGAAAGUUGUAGUUUUAAUGAAGCUGUAUAUUCAGCUCUGACUGCUGUUAAAGAUGGUCACUGUUCCCUUGCUGAGAGAAAUAUAGGUAUCGCCAGGAUGUUAUCUAUGCAGAAGAUAUCUACCAGUACCAUGGAGAGUGCCAGAUGUCUGUAUCCAAUACUAGCAGAUCUUCAGUGUGUGUCUCAGAUAGAUAACGUGUUACAAUAUAACAUUCUGAAGAAGGAAGGAUAUGAUGACUUGACCACCAGGUGGAACUCUGAAGAUAGUUUUACAGACAAUGACUUCAUGUUUCUGGAGCCGACUCUAAAUAUACGAUGUACUAUACUGAAAAUGUUACAACUCAAACAUGAUGAUCCAUCUCUUAAUAUCUGUUUACAACAUCAACUUCUCAAACUGGCUCAACUGGCAAGAGAGAGUAACAGACAUCAGAUAGCAGAAAGGGCAAUAUUUGAUUUAAAGCAAAUGGAAACUGACGAUUUAAAACUUUAUAUUCCAAAGUUAAUAGAAGAAGCUAAUCUUUACUGGACAAGACAGGAACAAAACACAGCAAAGCAUCUGAUGAAAAACCUCAUGACCAAGCUUGAAAAGCUACAGGAUGAGAAUAUUGAUGCUGCCAGAUUUUACCCUCAAGUUCUCAGUAUCUAUGGUAACUGGUUAGCAGAAACAAGAUCAGAAAACCCUAAUGUCAUCAUGGAGGAAUAUCUGGAAAAGACUGUUGGCCUACUAGAAUCCUUGAAUGAGCAGGGUGAUGUUGCAAUGGAUGCCUAUUUAUCCUUAGCUCGUUAUGCAGAUAACCAGUACCAGAAUAUUGUCAACUACAUGAAAUCCAAUACAUAUGAAGCUAAGCAAGCUCUGAUGAAGAAGGCUAAAACAGAAAUGGAGACAUUAAAACAGCUGGGAGAUAUAAGCAAGGAUCGAUACUAUAAAAUCCUAUACAAGCAAAGUGAUAUUGAUAAAGCAGAAAUUGAGGCCAUGAAUGAAGAUAAAACUAAAUACCUACAGAAAGCAGUGGAAAACUAUCUCAAAUGUCUGAAAUAUGGAGAUAAACAUGACCUGAGGAUCUUUAGGCUUAUAUCACUGUGGUUCAGUAACACAGCUGUCCAAGAUGUCAACACACUUAUAGAGAAGAGUAUAAAGACAUUGAAAUCUUACAAAUUUAUACCACUGAUGUAUCAGUUAGCAGCAAGAAUGGAUACAAAAGCUCAGAGUCAGUCAUUCCAAGCAACAUUAAAUAAUAUGAUAGAAAGAGCUGCUAAAGAUCACCCUCACCACACUUUACUAUGUGUACUAGCUCUGGCCCAUGCCAAGAAAGAUACAGAGAUUAUGAAUCCAACAACAGCUAGUACUAACAGAAGAACCAAACUCUCUAAGUCAAUAUCAGAUACAAGUAAAGAUGAGGGUAGAAUUGAAGCAGCCAAACUGAUGCUACUGAGAUUGAAGGACAAGAAUUCUCCUGUUGUUAGAAUAGUGGAGGAUUUAGAGAAAUUAUGUUUAGCUUAUAUACAGCUGGCUAAUGUUAAUGUAGAACGAUAUAAAAAGGAAACCAGACCAAUCCAGUUACAAUCUGUACAGAAUAAUUUGUUGAUAACUAAGAUUAAAGACCUCCACAAUGUAGCUGUACCAACAGUUGAUAUCAAGGUUGACCCUAAAGGUAGCUACAACAACCUUAUAUGUGUGAAGGGAUUUAACCCAACAUUCAAACUAGCAGGUGGUGUAAACCUUCCAAAAAUAAUCAGUUGUAUAGGAACUGAUGGUAAAACCAGGAGACAGCUCGUAAAGGGACGUGAUGAUCUACGACAGGAUGCAGUGAUGCAGCAAGUAUUUGGUAUGGUCAACAAUCUUCUACAGAAAAACUCAGAAACCAGAAAACGUCAACUUCAUGUUAGACAGUAUAAGGUUGUACCUUUAUCUCAAAUGAGUGGCCUGUUAGAAUGGUGUGAAGGGACUAUGCCUAUAGGAGAAUACUUAGUGGCUAGCAGUCCAGGAGAUGAGAAACCAGGGGCCCAUUAUAGAUACAGACCUGAUGAUUAUCCAGCUAUUGACUGUAGAAGACACAUGGGUGGUGUACACGCUAGUCCUGAUGCAGUAAAGAAGUUUAAAGUCUUCAUGGCUGUUUGUAAAAGGUUUCUGCCUGUUUUCAGACAUUUUUUCAUGGAGAAAUUCAGAGACCCUGCUGUAUGGUUUGAAGCUAGACUUGCUUAUACUAAAAGUGUAGCUACCAACUCUAUAGUUGGUUAUAUUCUUGGACUUGGAGAUCGCCAUGUACAAAACAUAUUAAUAGACUGUAAUACAGCAGAACUUGUCCAUAUUGAUCUGGGUGUUGCUUUUGAACAAGGAAAGAUUUUACCCACCCCAGAAACAGUACCAUUCAGAUUGACAAGAGACAUAGUGGAUGGCAUGGGUGUGUCGGGAGUUGAAGGAGUCUUCAGAAGAUGUUGUGAGAAGACAAUGGACGUGAUGCAUAACAAUCAGGAAGCUUUAUUAACUAUCCUGGAGGUAUUACUGUAUGAUCCAUUGUAUGCUUGGUGUAUGUCCCCUGCUAAAGCCUACGCACUCCAACAUCGCAGAGAUAGGAACGAUCCUGAUGCUUCAGAACUUAACACAACCAAAGAUGUUCUAGAAUUUGCUGAAUCUAAUGAACCAGUUGAGAACACAGAAAGUGUUAAUAAGUUGGCAGAAAGAGUUUUGCUGAGACUGCACCAGAAGUUACAAGGCAUAGAAGAUGGUGUUCAACUGAGUGUAUCUGGACAGGUCAAUCUUCUGAUUCAGCAAGCUAGAGAUCCUAAAAACCUGGCAAAACUCUUCCCUGGCUGGCAACCAUACAUAUAAACAAUGUGUUAUAAACUUCCUUGUGGAAAGUGUUCUAGUCAAAGGAUAUUAUUUCAAUGAAUUGGUUUUUUUCUGAACAAAUUAUAUGCAAAUGAGAGUAAAAGUAUUAUGAUUGAAUAUUGAAGAGAUAUUUACUGCGAUACACUUUAAUUGUUAUUUUUCUGCAAUGUAAUAGUUCUCUUUAAACAAAGAUACACUAGUGUUAACAACCAAUUGAUUAGUUUGAAUGUUUUUCUAAGGUUCAUCAUGAAGUUUUACUGUUAAAAAAUCAUGAAUGAGGUAAUAUUUGGAACCAAAAAAAAAUAUGAAUUUUAUGAAAGGGAUCAUCUGUUUAUAGCAUUGAAACAUUUCCAUUUGUCAUUGUUUCUCAUCAUCAUCAUCAAAAAAUUCAUUAUGAAUCAUUUAACUGAGACACAUUCAGAAAUGAUUCUUUGAAAUUGAUUCAAUUGUAGAGCUUGCUCUAAUUUUUAUGAGGUGAAUAUAUUAUCAUUAUAAAGGUUUCUUACAACGAAAAAUUG